AUGACCCUUAAGGGUGGCACCACCAGUGCCUGUGCUGCGUGCAAGUAUCAAAGGCGAAAGUGCAUCCCUGAAUGUCUUCUUGCUCCUUAUUUCCCAUCUGACCAAACCAAAGUUUUCCAGAAUGCUCACAAAUUAUUUGGUGUGAGCAACAUUGUCAAGAUAUUAAGGAGUUUAGAUCCUGCUCAACAUGCUGAGGCCAUGCGUUCUAUCAAAUACCAAGCCAAUGUUCGAGACAGGUUUCCUGUCCAUGGAUGUUUGGGGGUCAUUCGUCAGCUUUAUUAUCAAAUUCAGCUGCUUGAAGAAGAAUUUUAUGCAGUUCUUGCACAGCUUGAGAUGUACAGGCAACAUCAUCACCAACAGCAUCAGAUUUCUUCCAUGCCUGACGACGUGCCUUCACAGCUAGAACUAGGCAUGGCACCGCCUACCAAUGCCCUCCCUCUCUUCAAUCAAGUUCCUCAUCAGCCUUACACCACCGUGUCAAAUGUGCAGGUUUCAAUGCAACACUCUUACUCUACUAGCAAUAAUAUUGGUUAUAGCUCUUCUUACGUGGAUUCUAAGGAGAAUGUGGGAAAUAAUUCUUUGUGGAUUCAACACCCGUUUCUUGCCACAAACAAUAACAGCAGCAAUAGUAAUGGCAGCCCAAUGGCGAUUCAAUCUCAGCUGCUGGUUCCCAACUCACAGCCACUAGCUGUACAACAAGAAGUUGUCCAAGAUUACGAUGAAAUUCAUCCCUUCUUUGAUACCAUCGAUGACAGACAAUCUUAUAUUGAUUCCAAAGAGGCUUACGACUCCAGCUCUGAAGAAUCUCCAAAAGACACGACACAAUUAAUGGAGCAUGUUGCAGAGAAUGAAUUGAAGAGUGCUGCUGCUUGCUUCAGUCUCACGAGUGUCAACUGA